CUUUGAAUACUUACAAUUUCACAUUAAAUACGGUCGCUUAUUAUACACUAAAUAAAACCAAUAUGUUGGAAAUGAUUAACGAACCUAUACCUGAGGUGGACAUGAGAAUAGUGGCCCGAAAUGCAGAGGUUCAACGCCGAGGUAUUCUGGGUUUUGCUCCGCGGAUCGGAUUAAGUAUUGUGGACUACGACGAUCUGGAUAGGAUUGACAGCUUCUAUCUGCAGAGCCAAAAGUUUCGUGACUACUACCGUGAUCCACACAACAGGCUGCACAAACCCCCGCGUUUCCAGCGGCACCAGGGAAAGUGCGGCAUUAAGCUGGACCACAGUGUCGGUCAUUUGACCCAGCCGAUCCGAUGGGUCGAGGAGCAGCGACCAUUGGUCUACCCCCUUUCGAAGGACACAGCCACUAGGCUGGGCAUGCCUAUAUCCCCCAUGAUCAGAGGACGCCACGACAAGUCGUCUUCCUUGUCCUACCUUCACUAGACCACGUGGUUUAGAAGCGUUCGCAGGCGAGCUGAGGUCCUUUGCGAGGACUCGAAGGACCCGAAGAACCCGAAAGCGUUCGCAGAGCACCUGAGCUUCUCUGCCAACGCUUCACCAAAUUUUAAGGGGUCAACUAAAUUAUUCUGUACAAAUUUGUCCACUUAAAAUAUAUCUGUUGGAGUCCACAUA